CAAGCUUUAAGCUUAGGUCCACUUCCUCCAUAGCCACAAACACAUACGCAUGUCAAACAAAUUCAUAAUAUGUCCAAAAUAAUAUUAGGAUUUCCUAUUGAAAGAGAUCAAAGCAUAGUACGUGAACAGUAAUUAUGAACAGUAAUUGUGAACAGUAAUCAUGAACAGUAUCAUGAACAAUAACUCGUAAACAAUACAAUUUACUUAUAAUUCCUGCAGCAAAAUUCACACCCAAAUCAAACAAUAAAAAGGACUAACUCACUAUCUUUCCCAUAUAAGCCCCAAAAUUAAUGAUAUUUCUAAUAAAAGUUUAAUACCCAAAAAUCUUAUAAACCAAAGGAUUAAAGUCAAAUCUCACCAAUUUAAACUACCUAAAACUCUAACCCAAAAUUCAUAACUAAAACUUAUACUUACCUAACAAAAGCACCUUAACUUUGGUUGGAGAAAGAAGGAAGAAAAGGAUGGAGGUGGAAGAGGAAGGCAUAGGAAAACAAAAUGAGGCUUUUGGGAGCCUUGUGGAGGCUUAUCCAAGCUUCCACCGACAAAGGAAAAAACUUGGUUGGAAAAAUGCCAUGUGGUAAGCAAAAUUGGAAUAAUUGAGUUAUGGUCAU